CUGACUAGAGUGUGAAGUUUCAUGUAGAAAUUACAUCGUCAUUUCUUUAAACUAAACAGUUUUAACAUAUACUUGGCUAUAAAGUGAAGCCAUGACUACCUACCAAGAAUUUAUACAACAGAAUGAAGACCGGGAUGGUGUACGAUUCAGUUGGAAUGUCUGGCCAUCAAGUCGGUUGGAAGCUACCAGAAUGGUGGUGCCAUUAGGAUGUUUAUAUACACCAUUAAAAGAUAGAGCUGAUUUACCUCCUAUACAAUAUGAUCCUAUAUUGUGUACCAGACCAACAUGUCGAGCUAUUCUCAACCCUUACUGUCAGAUUGAUUACAGAGCUAAAAUGUGGGCUUGUAACUUCUGUUAUCAGAGAAACCCGUUUCCACCACAAUAUUCAGCUAUAUCAGAACAGUGUCAACCUGCAGAAAUUAUACCUCAAUUUUCUACCCUAGAAUAUACUAUCACAAGAGCCAGCUGUUCACCACCUAUAUUUCUAAUAGUAUUAGAUACAUGUAUGGAGGAAGAAGAUCUUCAAGCUUUAAAGGAAUCACUACAGAUGUCUUUGAGUUUAUUACCACCUAAUGCCCUCAUUGGCUUAAUAACUUAUGGUAAAAUGGUACAAGUUCAUGAGUUAGGAAGUGAAGGAGUUUCUAAAAGCUAUGUGUUUAGAGGAACUAAAGAUUUGAAUGCUAAACAGAUACAAGAUAUGUUGGGUAUUGGUCGUGGUGCUGCUCAACCACAACAAAAUAGAGGUGGACCUCAAAAUCCACAAUCACAGCAACUCCCUUCUAACAGAUUUUUACAACCAGUACAUAAAUGUGAUAUGAGUUUAACUGAUCUGUUAGGAGAAUUACAGAGAGAUCCAUGGCCAGUUUCACAAGGUAAAAGACCAUUAAGAUCUACUGGUGUGGCUCUAUCUAUAGCUGUUGGUCUAUUAGAGUGUACUUUUCCUAAUACUGGUGCUAGAAUUAUGUUAUUCGCUGGAGGAUCCUGUACACAAGGUCCUGGUAUGGUAGUAGGGGAUGAAUUAAAACAUCCCAUCAGAUCUCAUCAUGAUAUAGAAAAAGAUAAUUGUAAAUACAUGAAGAAGGCUAUGAAGCAUUAUGAAGCUCUAUCAAAUCGUGCUGCUAAUAAUGGUCACGUGAUAGAUAUAUAUUCCUGUGCUUUAGAUCAAACUGGUUUACAUGAAAUGAAAUUCUGUCCUAAAUAUACCGGUGGUCAUUUGGUAAUGGGAGAUUCUUUUAAUACAUCAUUAUUUAAACAAACAUUUCAACGUGUGUUCUCUAAAGACAGUAAAGGGGAAUUUAAAAUGGCUUUUGGUGCAACAGUGGAAGUUAAAUGUUCUAGAGAAGUUAAAGUAUCAGGUGCUAUGGGACCAUUAGUAUCAUUAGGUGUUAAAGGACCAGCUGUUUCAGAUACUGAAAUAGGUCUUGGUGGUACCUGUCAAUGGAAAUUAUGUGGUCUCUAUCCAAAUACAUCUUUAGGGCUUUUCUUUGAAGUAGUGAAUCAACACAAUGCACCAAUACCACAAGGUGGAAGAGGUUAUGUACAGUUUAUAACACAAUAUCAACAUAGUAGUGGUCAGAGACGUGUUCGUGUAACAACUAUAGCUAGAAACUGGGCAGAUGCUAGUACCAGCCUACAACAUAUAGCAGCUGGUUUUGAUCAAGAAGCCGCAGCUGUGUUAAUGUCCAGAUUAGCUGUUUAUAGAGCAGAAACUGAUGAUGGACCAGAUGUAUUGAGAUGGCUAGAUAGAAUGUUAAUAAGACUGUGUCAGAAGUUUGGAGACUACAAUAAAGAUGAUCCUAACUCAUUUAGAUUUUCUGAAAACUUUUCCUUAUAUCCACAAUUUAUGUUUCAUUUACGACGUUCACAGUUUUUACAAGUAUUUAAUAACAGUCCUGAUGAAACUUCAUAUUAUAGACACAUGUUAAAUACAGAAGAUUUAACUCAGUCUUUAAUUAUGAUACAACCUAUAUUAUAUGCAUAUUCUUUCCAUGGUCCCCCAGAGCCAGUAUUAUUAGAUUCCAGUAGUAUAACAGCAGACCGUAUUUUAUUAAUGGACACAUUUUUCCAAAUAGUAAUAUAUCAUGGAGAGACAAUACAUGAAUGGAGAAAACAAGGAUAUCAUGACUUACCAGAAUAUGAGAAUUUUAAACAAUUGUUACAAGCACCAGUAGACGAUGCUCAAGAAAUAUUACAGACAAGAUUCCCUAUGCCAAGAUACAUUGUUACAGAAUGGGAUGGUUCUCAGGCCAGAUUUUUACUAUCUAAAGUUAACCCCUCACAGACACAUAAUAACAUGUAUGGAUUUGGUCAGAUUGUAACAUCAUCUGAGGAUUCUGGAGCUCCUGUAUUAACAGAUGAUGUUAGUUUACAAGUAUUUAUGGAUCAUUUGAAAAAAUUGGCUGCAUCUUCCUCAUCUUGAUUGUAAUGUGGUGUUAUAGACAGAUAUUUCUUUAAGAACUAGUCAGAAUACAAAUAUUAAUUUAAUUCCUUUUCUAUGUGCUAAUUAUCUGUUAACAUUAGAAUUAUUUAUGGACAAUGUUGAAGUGGUUUACUGACACUAUAUUUCAAAUAUACGCACACAUACUUUUCAUACUUUGGCUAUUGUCUUGAAGUACAUUUUAUUAAAUUAUAGAUAAAAGCAAAUAUUAUAAACCACAAAAUGUUUGCAAUGGUUGUUUUUGACAAGAAUGACAUUAUCAGUGCACAUUUUUUUCUUUUAUUUUCCAUGAGUUUGGGAUAUAGAUAUCUUAUUGUUGUUAAUGUAAUUAAAUGUCAUAUAUUGUAUAAACUUAAUCUGAUAAAAUAAUUUUAUUUCUAAAUAAAUGCUUGUACUAAA